AUGCGCAGCAAGAUCGCCAUCCUCGUCUCGAUGCUGGCAGCCUCGGCAGCCAGCCAGAGCACCACUUCAACCCUCCAACAGACACCCACAUCUGCAAACAUGACCACAACGACGAUAAACGUGUGGCUCUACAACCUCUCGCCAGCCAACGUCACCUUCCCCGUCUCGGCCUCGGUCGUAGAUGGCGGCAGCAGCAGCGGGGCCAAGAACUGGACCACCUACAGCCUGAGCUGCAACACGGCCGAGCCGCUCUGCAGGGACCUGCUCAACGGGCUGACGUAUGUGACGGGCACUAGCAGCGCCAGGUGGACGUCGAGCGGGGGUGACACGGCCCUGUUCGCCGCGCACACGGCGAUGCUGACGACCACGCACACAAUAUCGUCAUCGGCCACAGCCGCCCCGGCGGGUGUCGAAACAGUGAUGAUGGGCACCACCCGCAACGGCUCGUGCGGGGUCAUGACCGGCUGCGUAAACGAAGACGCCAUGAUCCGGGUCGAGAAGGGCGUCACGGAGAGGUCGACCAAGUCCACCAGCACGAGCGUGACCGCCAUCUCCAGCAUUCCCCUGACCGUCACCGCUUCGAUCUUGACAACCGCAUCGACAAAGGCCAACGCCACCACCAGCUCGGAUGCUAGCAGGGCGCCUCCCACAAGCACCUCAUCAUCGACAGGGGGUGGUAUCCCAGGGGCAACUGGGGGUGUGUACGUCGCCAGGGUCGCAGCAGUGGCUGCCAUGGGUGGAAUGUGGGCUCUGUAG